CAAGCCAACGUCAUGGGAAAAUCGUCCAAGGACAAGCGAGACGCCUACUACAGGCUCGCAAAGGAGCAGGGAUGGCGUGCGAGAAGCGCCUUCAAGCUGCUCCAGCUGGAUGAGGAAUUCGAUCUCUUCUCCAAUGUCACCAGAGUCGUCGACCUGUGCGCCGCGCCAGGAAGUUGGUCGCAAGUUCUCUCGCGGGUGUUGAUCAAGGGAGAAAAGUUUGGACGGGCAGCAUGGCAGGACAAGGAGGCGAAAUUUCGACAGCAGAUGUUGGGUAUUCUACCCAAAGACGAUGAGGUCAACAGCACCGAGCAGGAGGGAGAGAAGCAAGAGGAGGCUCCUAAGCCACGAGACGAUGUCAAGAUUGUGUCGAUCGACCUUCAGCCUAUCUCGCCGCUCGCGGGUAUCACGACUCUACGCGCCGACAUUACACACCCGGCGACAGUGCCGCUGCUGCUCUCCGCCCUUGAUCCCUCCUACGACGCAAAGACAGCGGGAACCCAGGCAUCACACCCUGUUGAUCUGGUUCUGAGCGACGGUGCCCCCGACGUUACAGGUCUCCACGAUCUUGACAUCUAUGUCCAGUCGCAACUACUAUUUGCUGCGCUUAACCUGGCGCUCUGCGUUUUGAAGCCUGGGGGCAAGUUCGUGGCCAAGAUCUUCCGCGGAAGAAACGUCGACGUGCUCUACGCUCAGCUCAAGAUCUUUUUCGAAAAGGUUAUUGUGGCCAAGCCACGCAGUAGCCGCGCCAGCAGCGUGGAGGCAUUUAUUGUCUGCAUCAACUUCCAGCCACCGCCCGGAUUCCGAGCCAGCCUGGAGGAACCCCUCGGUGUUGGUGGACGACUGGAGGAGAUGCUUAAGGAGCAGACUAAGGACGUCGAUAUGCAGGACGCGGCGAGCGCGGACGAGGGGAUCGUGGAGAUGCAGGUCUACGACGAAACGCUCGAGGACACUGAGAGAAGCAGUCGAUGGAUCGCACCGUUCAUUGCUUGUGGAGAUCUAUCCGCCUUUGACUCCGAUGCCUCGUACCAGCUCCCUGAGGAUUAUGUCUCUCUAGAUCCGGUCCAGCCGCCCAUUGCCCCCCCUUACAAGCGCGCCAUCGAGAUGCGAGCCGCCAUGUCUGGGUCACAGCGCUAG